AUGCACACCAUCUCUUCUGUGACGGGAUGGGUCCUGCGCGAUACCGGAAUUGGCCUGCUGAUGAUUGUGGUGAACUUGGAAUCGCGGCUUCGGGUGAAGGCCACCAAAAUAAGCGGCAUCACAGGCUGCAACCGAGAAAGAGCGGCAGGUGGAGAGAUGUCCUCGGACAAAGGCCAGCAAUAUCACUGCAUACUCAUAUACCAGUUAUGCCUGGGGAUUUCCGCCCACGCCGUCCUGUCCUCGCUUUCACCUCGGCCAAAGCGUGCGCGUGCAUGGGCCCAUCAGCAAGUGGAAACCGUCAAAUCCAAUCUCUUUGUCAACCCUUUCUUCUGCCCCAGGCAAGCUCUUCGGGUGCGCACGGUCGGAUACAGCUGCACU